AGGGGUCAGCAAUUAAGUUUGGCCUCGGGCCAGAUAUUUUCCAAGCCAUUACAUGGCGGGCCACAACCAAAACAAUGGCUAAUUUAAUGAAUUAAUAGGGGAGGAGGGGUGAUAGUGAAAAUGAUAGGUGCUCUUGAAAUGACAGAGCAGACGCACUGAGACAUUCAAGCGGGCUGAUGUAGGUUACAUUUGUGGACUGACCACUGGGGGGCAGUAGCGCGCCCCAGUGGUAUAAUUAGUAGCAAUUAUAUGCCUGUUAAAAAAAACAUUUCCUGUUGCUGUUAGCUAUCGAAAAAUGGCACUAUCAAAAAAUCUCAAGAGAAAAAUUAACAGCGAAAACAGGAUCUUUCAUGAUGAAUGGACAGAGAACUAUGCCUUCAUCCUCCCCAGUUUUAAUAAUGCAAAGCCCACAUGCCUGAUCUGUAACGAGGGUGUCUCUGCAUGCAAAGAGUACAAUAUUAGAUGGCACCACGAAACGAAGCAUGCUAAUUUCAAGGUUGCGUUCCCUCAGAAGACAGAGGCACGAAAGCGUAAAAUCGAAGGCCUGAAAGGUGCUUAUGCACACAGCACCAGGAUCCUGGUGCGAGGCCUCACAUCCCAACAGAAGGUAACUAGUGCGUCUCUGAAAGCGUCCUGGGUGCUCGCAAAGCACAACAAGCCAUUCACUGACGCAGAGGUCUUCAAGGAGAUGAUGGUGACAGUUUUGGAGGAACUUGAUACCAACAAGUCGAUGGAUGAUGUGAUCGGGUCAGUGAAACAGAUGUCGCUCUCUGCGAGGUCCGCUGCCCGCCGCAUAGAAGCGCUGUCUGAUGCGGUGCUGGGUGCAAUUAUCGACGGUGUCAGUCACGCAAACUACUUUUCCUUAGCCAUUGAUGAGAGCACUGACAACACAGAUGUAGCCCAGUUGUGCAUUUAUGUGAGAUACUUUGAUGGGAAGGAUUUCAAGGAAGAGUUGCUGUCUCUUAUUCCAUUAGAAGGGCACACCACUGGAGAUGCUAUAUUUGCGAAACUGGAAGAGUUGUUUCAGUUGCAUUCAUUAUCAUUUGAGAGGGUUAACCUAAUUGUGACAGACGGGGCUCCUGCCAUGGUGGGAAAGCACAGAGGUCUGGUGAGCAGGCUGAAAGAACUCGCCCCCCAAAUGCACGGGCUGCACUGCCUCAUCCACCAAAGUGUCCUCUGUGCCAGACUGAAUGGCGAGCUAAAGAAUGUUAUGGACAAAGUGAUGAAAGUCAUUAACUUUGUCAGAGGUACAUCAAGCACCCAGCAUAGGCUUUUCAGACAACUUGUGGCUGAGUCAGCAGAUGCCGCCCACGAUGACUUGCUGCUUCACAAUGAUGUGCGCUGGUUAAGCAAGGGGAAAGCACUGGAUCGCUUCUGUGCGCUACUGAAUGAGAUCAAAGCGUUCCUUGGAAUGAGCAAGAGCAAGGCAGCAGCUGACCACCUUAUCCUGCUGGAAGAUGAAAAGUUCAUGUCCAAUGUAGCGUUUUUAUCUGACAUAUUUGGCCACCUAAACCUGCUUAACCUUCAGCUACAGGGGAGAGACAAAACCAUCGUGGACAUGGUUGAAAAACUGGAGUCAUUCACGAGGAAGCUUGAGAUGCUUGAGGCAGACAUAUCUACCGGCAGGCUCCUACAUUUCAGCACACUGAAGAAGACAGCGGGAGAAGUGACGGAGUUGAUGGUUGACUUCAUCAAGAGGCUACGAGCCAACUUCACUUCUCGGUUUGAUGACUACUCCAUCCCAAAAGACAUCAUUGACUUUAUACGUGACCCUGCAGUAAAACCAGCCGACAACUUCUCCUUCCUGGCGAAAGAAAUUAUCUCCUCUUUAGAUCAGGCUGCGCUGGAAAUGGAAAUUAUUGACUUCCAAACCACCUCAGUUGUGCGAGAUGCGCUCAGAAGUGCGGAGUCCGUGAGUGCCUUUUGGGUAGGCCUACUAUGCUCCGAGGAAUACAGCAACCUCAAGAAAGUCGCACUUUACAUUCUGACAAUGUUCCCUUCCACCUACGUAUGUGAGUCGUCCUUCUCAGCUAUGAAUGCAAUAAAAACGCAUGAGAGGAAUAGACUGACUCACCAAAAUCUCGAGAACUGCCUGAGGAUUAAAGUGACGUCUAUUUCACCAGAUAUCCAGCAAAUAGUGACCAGUGGGAGAUGCCACUUUUCACACUAGGGGCCGAGCACUCCAGCCCAUGGUCGAGUGGAUUCGGCUUUUUUGCUUCGUACUUUUUUGCUCUGAUUUGCUCCGAUUUAACAGUGCAAUGCAUUGUUAUCAGUUUACAUUUUUGGUGCCACCACAGUCAUAUAAAGGCCUAAAUAACACGCAUGUUUGAAACUCGUGUUUUACUUUUCACAGUUCUAUGUACAGAAAUGCCUAUGUUUGAUGUCUGGCCUGUUUGAAAGAAGUCGUGUUUUAAUUUUCACAAUAAUAUGAAGCCUAUGUCCAUUGUUUGAAUGACAACUUGUGUUUUAGGGACUAGUUUGGAAUUUCAGCACCAGGCGCUGUCCACUGACUUCAUUUGUUUUUGCAUGUUGAGCGUUCACGCUGCACCUCGCUGAUGUGCGUAUUCACUCUCGUAUCCAGAUAAAACAAAUAAGCAUUUAGAUUGAGGAAAUUUUUCUGUUCUGGAAAAUGAAGGUUCCAAUAAAGAGCAUUUUUGAGA